CAUCUCUCCCCGGCUGCCGUCCGACCAGCUCUCCGCUCUGCAGGAUGAGUUCGUUCAGUACGAGGGCUCUGACGCUGCUCUCGUCGGUCUUCGGGGCGUGCGGCCUGCUGUUGGUGGGCGUCGCCGUGUCGACGGACUAUUGGCUGCUGAUGGAGGAGGGCAUCGUCCUGCAGCAGAACCAGACCACCGAGGUCAAGAUGGCUCUGCACUCCGGCCUCUGGAGGGUCUGCUUCGUGGCCGGGCCAGAGAAGGGCAGAUGUGUGGCGUCGGAGUAUUUCACCGAGCCAGAGAUAGAGAUCACGACAGAAAAUACAGCCAACAUACUCAAAAUGGUCCGUACUGCCACUCCCUUCCCCAUGGUCUCCCUGCUCUUCGUCUUCACCGCCUUCGUCAUCAGCAACAUUGGACACAUCCGACCGCAGCGCACCAUCCUCGCCUUCGUCUCCGGAAUAUUCUUCAUACUGUCAGGUCUCAGUCUGGUGGUUGGACUGGUCUUGUAUAUCUCCAGUAUUAAUGACGAGGUGAUGAACCGACCCAGAGAGGCAGAGCAGUUCUUCCACUACCGUUACGGCUGGUCCUUUGCUUUCGCCGCCUCCUCCUUCCUGCUGAAAGAGGGUGCAGGGGUGAUGUCCGUCUACCUCUUCAUGAAGCGUUAUGCGGAGGAGGAGUUGUACAGGCCUCAUCCCGCCCUAUACCGCCCCCGCAUGUCCGAAUGCAGCGACUACAGCGGCCAGUUCCUCCAUCCAGACUCCUGGCCUCCACCGCAGCGGGGCCGCAGCGCCUCCGAAGUCUCCUCCGACAUCUCCAUCCAGCUCAACCAGACUCCACCUUCGCAGGCGCAACCCAAGGGGGGCAGCAGCUCCCAGGCGACGCCCUCUUCUUCUGGACCUUCAUCGGCGGCCAGCUACCAGAUCCAGCCGGCCUCCUCCUCCUCCACCUCCUCCUCCUACCCACACCCCCUCCACCUGGCCCACACCUCCACCCUUCCCCGAGCCUCCCAUGCCCAAGGCCACCCUCACCCUCACCCCCACCCCCACCCCCACCCCCACCCGAGCGGGCCACCGCCCCACUCCCUGCCCAUGGGUGUGCCGCCCUCAGCCGUGCUGCCUCCCCGCUAUCACUCGCACAUGCGAAUGAGCGCCUCGCCAUGCUAG